AUGCCCCGCCUUCCUCCUCCUGCGGUCGCCAUGGCUGUCUGUCUGUCUGUCGGGUGUCUGUCUGUCUGCGCGCCCUAAAUACCCCGCAGACUCGAGCCCAUUUCACCAUCUCGGCACCAAAUUGCAAACAAACUACUGAGUAAAACUUGCGCACAACAAGUAAUAUUUUGCCCGAGCUGUCCCAACCGCUACCUUUGCAAUCCGUGGUCGGUGUCUCGAGAUAGCACACCGUUUGUGCAAAUAUAUAUGUCACAUGGACGCAUCCCCGAGAGGCGUUAUUUUUGUUUUUCUUUGGGCAACAAACUACACGCACGCCUGAAACCACGACGCACUGCCGUGCUGCACACACUGCUGCUGCUACUGGCAAGACACGCACUACACAGAGACAGGGAACAUGGACAAGGGGGGCGGGACACACACACAUACUGCUGUUGGCCACGGCGCAGGAAGCGGGGAACGUUUGGUUGGUCUGGGGUUCAUUCAUCGCUGAUGAUGUUGAUGUUGUUGUCUCCGUUGUUUGUUGUUGUUGUUCAACAAAGCUGCCGGCCUUUGUUUCGCCUUUUGUUCUCUGGAGAGAGAGGGAGUCCCACCAACCAGCGUAUGAUGCACACACCACACAGCGAGAGCGGGAUGGGAGCAGGGUGUGCCCUAUACUACUGCUGCUGUUAGCUUUAGGCGGAGGAAGCGAGAGGAGAGAUAUUGAUUGGGUCUCUGUGGGUCCAUCGGUUGGUUGUUGUUAUUGUGUUGCGACGCGGCGGGAGGGAGCGGCCUCUGACUCUGCUCUGGAGAGAGGCACACAUAC